AUGGCCCCCGCGCUCAACCUCCCUGCGCCCGCGCAUGGCACCGACAACACCCUCGCCUCGGCUGCAUCCACUUCCAAGUUCGCUUCGACGGGCGGUAUCAUCUAUCCACCCCCCGACCUGCGAAGGACCAUCGAUAAGGCUGCAGAGCUUAUCGCUAAAAAAGAUCCUUCCUUCGAGAACAACAUCAAAGCUGCAGAGCAGAACAACCCCAAGUUCGCCUUUCUAAAAGACGACGAUGCUUACCACGCCUAUUACGCUUCCCGCCGUGACGCCGUUCGACGCGGCGAGACACUCACACCUGUUGCGCCCGACAAUCAGUCUGCAGGCAACGCCUCAGCGCAACAAGGCUCAACCUCCUCGGCCAAGGCUGCCGCUGACUCGCCCGCACAGGCUCCCCCCGAGCCACAGCCAUUCGAAUUCUCUGCCGACCUCCCCAACAUCACGGCUCUCGACCUCGACAUUCUGAGACUCACUGCUCUGUUCACAGCACGCAAGGGCCGUUCCUUUGCGACCUCUCUUCUCUCCCGCGAGUCCAAGUCGUACCAAUUUGAGUUCCUCCGACCAUCCCACUCGCUCUUCACCUACUUCAACCAUCUCGUCGAGCAAUACCAAAACGUCAUCUCUCCCUCGCCUGCACUCCUCGACAACGUCAAGCUUGGCGCAUACGGAACCACCGAUGCGGCUCUCAUUGCACAGCAGCGUGCAAAGGCCUCGCUUGGCGCAGGCAAAGGCGGGGCAAGGCCACACGUCUUGGAACAGGCGAAAGCGCGCGCAGAGUGGGAGAAAUACUCGAGAGAGAAGCGCAAGAAGCAGGACCAGGAUCAGGAACAGCAACGUCAAGCCUUCAACGAGAUCGACUGGCAGGACUUUGUCGUCGUCGGUACUGUAGAACUCACCGAGGCUGAUCAGCACAUCGACCUGCCACCUCCACGGUCGUUGCGAGAGAUGGAGACCAUGACACUCGCGCAGAAGAAGAUGGCGAGCAUGAUCAUGGAAUCAGAAGCUGCUGGCGACGAUAUCGAGGACAUCCAAGAGCUCGCAAUGCCUGGUAGACCAUCUACGUCCACCUUGUCUCAACCAGCUACGGCAUCAGCCUCCGCAACUCCAGCUGUUCAGGAAGUUUCCGGACGAGGUGGCACGAUCAAGGUGCGCAAAGAUUACGUGCCGCGUGGUCUCGCCUCUCGCGUCAAUCCAUCUGGUGCCACUCCUGCUAUGACUAAAUGCCCCGUUUGCGGUGAUCAAGUGGCCGUCGACGAAAUGGCCGAACACGUCCGCUUCGAGCUGCUCAACCCGGCCUACCGCGAACAGCGCCAGCAGCUCGAAGCCAAGAAGGCUCAGCAAGCCGCGCUUCAGGCCGGUGCGGAUCCUACUUACUACCUUAAGCAGCUCGCCUCCAGUCGUGCUGAUGAGGACGAAGAAGCAAGACUCCGUAGGGAGGCCGAGGAGAAGAGACUUGCAAAGGAGAAAGAGAAGAUCAUUUGGGACGGACAUGCCAAGUCGAGGCAAGCAGCCCGAGAUCUCAUCGCCAAGAACGUCGGCUUGGAACAAGAGAUGACGAGACUGUCCGGGAAACCCAUAGUCACGUUGCCAGAGUACGGACCUCAGUUCCCAGGCAUAGACGGAACAUCAGCUGCUGAAGGUCAGGAUGCUCAGGAUGAAGCUGAUGACAAACCAAUCCAGUUGCCCAAGGGCCGUCUGCUACCCGCGAAGCCCUCCACGGCGUCACCCUCGCCAGCUCCGCAAGCAUUUGGAGCAGGGUUGAAGCGUCCUGCCUCGACCGAGCUUUCUCCUCCACCACCACCCCCUGCACCCCUCCCCUCUUCCUCGAACGUCAUGCUGGAGAAAAAGACCGACGGGUCGCUCCACCCCGAAAAAGUUUGGCUCGAAGCACAUACCCGCCCGACCGUUACGCUUAUCUUGCAAUUUCCGGGGCAGGACGGCGCAGAGCCCAGGCAGGAGCCGUACGAAGCAGCGCUGAAAUCAACUGUGGCCACGUUGAGAGACUACGUGCAUCAAGAUCUUCUCAACAGCGCCAUCGCUGCCAGCAAGAUCAAGAUCAAGGUGCAGGGAAAAGCGGCAACGUUGAAGCAGACGCUGGCGUAUUGGAAUUUGACCGAUGGCGAUCAGGUCACGAUCGAUCUUGUCAAGUAG